GGUGCUGAGCAGCUUUGCGUAUCUGACCGCGCUACAUCUGUGUGUGUGUCUCUGUCGCACCUGGAUUUAAGGUAAUGUCUCGGAUUUCACAGGGAAAGUUGAUGGAACUGUUAAGCGUAUAAAGUCAAAAGCAUGUCCGAAGUGCGGAAAUUCACCAAGCGGCUGAGUAAACCCGGGACAGCGGCGGAACUCAGGCAAAGCGUGUCGGAGGCUGUCAGGACGUCUGUUGCUGUGGAACAAGCCAAGAUCAUCGAACCACUAGACUAUGAAAAUGUUGUGUUCCAAAGGAAAGCGCAGAUCCACAGUGAUCCUCAGAGAGACCUGCUUCUGUGGCCAGCUGAUGACGUCUCAGAGUUACGAAUCGAACGUCAGAGAAGAACGACUAUUUCCUCUGUACCUCAGAAUGCUGAACAAGAAGCUAAAAGUCUAUUUGCAACAGAGUGCAUCAAAAUGUACAACACUGAGUGGCACAUGAUCAGUUACAAUUAUGAGGCUUACUCAGGAUGUUUCCGCACUCUUCCCAGUAAAGGGACCAAGACUGAGAAACUCCCAUACCACGUGUUUGAGACUGAUGAGGGAGAGGAGGACUCCUCAUCACUAUGCUCUCAGAAAGGAGGUGUGAUGAAACAGGGAUGGCUCUAUAAAGCCAAUAUCAGCAGCCUUUCUGUAUCGAUGAAGGCAUUCAAGCGGCGGUAUUUCUACCUGUCUCAGCUCCCUGAUGGUUCCUACAUUCUCAACUCUUACAAAGAUGAGAAGAACUGUAAAGAGACCAAGGGCUCCAUUUACUUGGACUCUUGUAUCGACGUGGUGACGUGUCCUAAGAUGCGUCGGAAUGGCUUUGAACUGAAGAUGCAAGAGCGCUACAGUCACUAUUUGGCAGCAGACAGUGAAGCUGAGAUGGAGGACUGGGUGAACACACUGAAGCUCGCGCUUCAGAGUUCAUCAGAAGACAGGAGAAACGGAACCGACUCCUCAGACUGUUCAUUAGAUGAAGAAACCAGUAGCCAAGGGAAAACAGAGAGCAUUACCGAGGGCUUUGGACGGAGUCUUCAUCCAGAGCUUAUGAAGUAUGCCAGAGAAACAGACCAGCUCAGUAAAAUCAACAGGAAUGAAAGUAGGCAGAAGAUCCUUACCCUAGAUCCAGAGACUCAGAGACUGGAUUUCUCAGGCAUCGAGCCAGAUGUGAAGCCAUUUGAAGAGCGCUUUGGUCGCCGUAUUAUGGUCAGCUGCCAUGACCUGACUUUCGCCUUGCAGGGUUCUAUCAGUGAGAAAAGCGAUGGAGCGCUGACCAAUCCGGAGCCGUUCUUCAUCAGUUUAGCCUUAUUUGAUGUAGCCAAAGGCUGCAAGAUCUCAGAAGAUUUCCAUGUGGAUCUGAACCCACCAUGUGUGAGAGAGAUGCUGUCUGAGGCCCCUCACACACCCGCUGAGACAGAAGGAAGAGAAGUGGCAGAUGCAGUCAGAGUCAAUGGCUUACCUGUUAUUCAGAGAGUGUCAGAGACUCUUCUACACUUUCCAACUCAGGGCAUCUUCUCUGUGACCAACCCCCACGCAGAUGUCUUCCUGGUGGCUCGGGUGGAGAAGGUCCUGCAGAAUGGGAUCACUCACUGUGCUGAACCCUACAUUAAGACUUCUGAUAUGUGCAAGACGGUUCAGAAAGUGCUGAAGACAGCUAAGCAGACGUGCCAGCGGCUUGGGCAAUACAGGAUGCCCUUUGCCUGGGCUGCCAAGCAGGUAUUUAAAGAUGCCCAGGGUAGUUUGGACAUGGAAGGAAAGUUCUCACCCCUGUAUCGCCAGGACAGCAGUAAGAUCUCUACAGAAGACCUUAUCAAACUACUGAUCGACAUCAGGAAACCAGAAAAAAGUAAGCUGCAAAUCAUCCCAGGACAAUUGAAUGUCACCAUUGAAUGUGUGUCUCCGGACUUGCCAAAUUCAGUGACCUCUUCCUACAUCCCAGUGAAGCCAUUCGAUGAGCAGUGUGAGAAAGUGUGUGUGGAACUAGACGAGUUUGUCUCUGAAGAAGCCAAGUACAAUCACCCUUUCACCAUCUAUAAGAAUCACCUCUAUAUCUAUCCCCAGCAGCUCAAAUAUGAAAGCCAAAAGACCUUUGCCAAGGCGAGGAACAUUGCAGUGUCCAUUCAGUUCAAAGAUUCAGAUGAAGAGGGGGCAGGCCCACUUAAGUGUAUCUACGGCAAGCCAGGGGAGCCAUUGUUCACCACUAGUGCAUUUGCUGCUGUGCUGCAUCACAACCAAAGCCCUGACUUUUACAACGAGAUUAAAAUUGAGCUGCCAAUCCAUGUUCAUGAGAAGCAUCACAUUCUCUUCACCUUCUACCACAUCAGCUGUGAGCUCAGUAACAAAGCCAGCUCCAAGAAGAGAGAGGGAGUAGAGACACUGGUGGGAUAUGCCUGGGCACCACUGCUAAAGGAUGGGAGGAUACAGUCUUCAGAGCUGCAGCUUCCUGUAUCUGCUAAUUUACCUGCUGGUUACCUUUGUGAUAAGAGCCAAGACUCCAAGAAGUCACCAGACAUCAAAUGGGUGGAGAAUGCUAAGCCGCUGUUUAAAGUGAAGACCUAUGCAGCAUCAACAAUUUACACUCAGGAUUUGCAUCUCCAUAAUUUCUUCCAGUAUUGUCAGCUGCGGAAGUCUGCGUCAGAGGGGAACCUGACAGAGCUCAUCAAAUACUUAAAGUGCCUGCACGCUGUGGAGACUCAGGUCAUCAUUAAAUUCUUGCCCACCGUGCUAGUGCAGCUCUUCCAGGUCCUCAUUACGACAAGCAAAGAGCCUCAGGAGAUUGCUGUCAACGCCACACGUGUGAUCAUUCACAUUGUGUCCCAGUGUCAUGAAGAAGGGCUGGAGCACUACCUGCGCUCUUUCAUUAAGUAUGUAUUUCUCACAAACAGCGCAGCAUCAGGAAACUCAGUGACCACGCAUGAAGUUUUAGCCACAACAGUGACCGCAAUUCUCAAGCAGACUGCAGACUUCAACACCUGCAACAAGCUACUGAAGUACUCAUGGUUCUUCUUUGAAGCAAUGGCCAAGUCAAUGGCACAUUACCUUUUAGAAGGCAACAGAAUGAAGAUGCCUAGAGCUCAGAGGUUCCCGGAUUCGUUCCAGCAGGUGCUGCAAUCUCUGCUGCUCUCCAUCAUGCCUCACAUCACCAUACGCUAUGUAGAGAUCCCGGAAGAGGCUCGCUGCGUCAACAUCAGCCUGGCCAACUUCAUUAAGCGCUGCCUGACCUUCAUGAACAGAGGAUUUGCAUUUAGUCUUGUGAAUGACUACAUGUGUGGAUUCAGCCAGAAAGAUCCCAAGGUAUUGACAGAAAUGAAGUUCUACUUCCUCAUGGCAGUGUGCAAUCAUGAGCACUACAUUCCACUGAACCUGCCCAUGGCAUUUGGCCGUACCAAGUUACAGAGAGUCCAGGAUUUUAUUUCAUACGCGGCGGAGUGUUUUGGCGUCAUAGACCAGAGUCUGGAGUACAGCCUUACUGAGGACUACUGCAGGAACCAUUUCCUGGUGGGUCUGCUACUGCGAGAGGUAGCCGAGGGCUUGCAGGGAAAUCCAGAGAUCAGGCAACUGGCUGUAGCUGUUCUGAAGAACUUGAUCAUUAAACAUGCCAUGGAUGACAGAUACACAGCUUAUAAGAAUCACCAGGCCCGUAUUUGUGUGCUCUACCUGCCACUCUUCGAGCUACUCUACCAAAACCUGAAUCAGCUGAAUGCCAAAAGGCAACCUUCAAGAUCUGGCUUUGGCAUCAUGUGCAGAGAUGAUGUGUCCAUGACUAGCUUAGACCCUCGGCGUGCCAGUACAGCCACUGAAAAGGAACCAGCUGGGCUGGUCACAAUGAAUGGACAUUUAAGGAAAGAAGACUCGCGAAGCUCAAUGUACGGAGACCCUGGAACACCAGAUAUUAAUGAGUUACAGAGACGUGAGUCCACAAUGAGCACCCUUCCGUCCAUAGGGCGCCUUGGACGUUACGAGGUCAGAGGACUGCUGCUGUGUUUCCUGCACAUUGUAAAGACUGUAUCAGAGGAUACCCUGCUGACCUACUGGAACAAAGUGAAUCCACAGGACAUCAUGAACUUCCUCAGUCUCCUAGAGAUUUCUCUGGUUCAAUUUCGUUAUGCUGGUAAAAGGAACAUAAAUAGGUGUCAGGAAUCUUGGGUGUCAAGGGCCUUCUCCUCAGACAGGAAGUCUCAGACGAUGCCUGUGAUGCGUGGACGCUCCAGCCUCAUGCAGGCCAGCCUGCAGCAGUUUAACACGCUGGAGGCCUCUCAUACACUCAACACAGGUGGCGGCUCCACAGAAGCAGAAAUGAACCAUCAGGCCCUGUUAGAGGGUAACAUCUCUACAGAGGCUUGCCUUAUUGUGCUGGACACACUCUCUCUCUUCACUCAGAGCUUUAAGAACCAGCUUCUAGAGAAUGAUGGCCACAACACUCUGAUGAAGAAGGUAUUCGAUAUUUAUCUAACUUUCCUAAGAGUUGGACAAUCAGAAGUGGCAAUCAGACACGUCUUUGCAUCUCUAAGAGCCUUUAUGUCCAAGUUUCAGGUGACUCUCUUUAAGGGCCGUGUGACCUUGUGUGGCUCAUUGUGUUACGAGGUACUAAAGUGCUGCAUGUCCAAACUGGGGAAUAUACGUGGGGAAGCAGCAGGCCUGCUGUACCUCCUCAUGAAAAACAACUUUGAGUACACCAAGAGGAAGAGCUUUUUGCGCAUGCACUUACAGAUCAUCAUUGCUGUGAGUCAGCUAAUUGCAGAUGUGGCCCUGACAGGAAGUUCACGCUUCCAGGAGUCAUUAUCCAUCAUCAACAACUUUGCCAACAGUGACAAGGCCAUGAAGUCUUCAUCAUUUCCAACAGAAGUGAAGGGCCUCACAAUGCGCAUCCGUACGGUGCUGAUGGCCACAGCUCAAAUGCGUGAGCAUGAGAAGGACCCAGAAAUGCUGCUGGAUCUGCAGUACAGUCUGGCCCGCUCCUACGCCAGCACACCUGAACUCAGACGCACCUGGUUGGACAGCAUGGCACGAGCUCACCUCAAAAACGGAGACACCUCAGAGGCAGCUAUGUGCUAUGUCCACAUUGCAGCUUUAGUGGCAGAGUAUUUGUUCAGGAAAAAACUGUUCCCAAGUGGACUGGCAGCUUUUAAGAAGAUCACGUUUAACAUAGAGGAGGAGGCUGCCAUGAAAGAAGACUCAGGCAUGCAAGAUGUCUACUACAGUGAGGAUGUUCUGGUAGAGCAGCUGGAGGUAUGUGUGGAAGGCCUCUGGAAAGCUGAACGGUUUGAGCUUAUCACAUACAUUGCCCGGCUCAUUAUUCCAGUCUAUGAAAAGCGCCAUGAGUUUGAGAAGCUGAGACGUUUGUAUGACACCCUGCAGAGAGCAUAUUCUAAGAUCUUAGAGGUUAUGCAGACGGGUCGCCGCCUGCUGGGUACCUACUUCAGAGUGGCCUUCUAUGGGCAGGGCUUUUUUGAAGAGGAAGAUGGAAAAGAAUACAUCUACAAAGAGCCAAAGCUCACAGGCCUGUCAGAAAUUUCUCAUCGGUUGCUCAGCCUAUAUGGGGACAAAUUUGGAGCAGAGAAUGUCAAGAUCAUCCAGGACUCCAAUAAGGUAAAUCAGAAAGACCUGGACCCAAAGUUUGCUUAUAUACAGGUCACAUUUGUCAAGCCUUACUUUGAUGAGAGAGAGCUGGCUGAGAGAACAACAGACUUUGAGAAGUGUCACAACAUCAACCGCUUUGUUUUCGAAACGCCUUACACACUUACAGGGAAGAAACACGGAGGAGUUGAAGAGCAGUGCAAAAGACGAACAGUUCUUACGACGUCAAACACUUUCCCCUAUGUGAAGAAGAGGAUAGAGGUGGUUGGGGAGAAGCACUUGGAGCUGAAGCCCAUUGAUGUAGCCAUAGAUGAGAUGCGGGAUCGCAGCACUGAGCUCAACAAACUAUGCUCCAACCAGGAAGUGGACAUGAUUCAGCUGCAGCUCAAACUCCAGGGCUGCGUCAGUGUGCAGGUCAAUGCUGGUCCUAUGGCAUAUGCUAGAGCCUUCCUCGAUGAUUCCAAGUCUGGCCAGUCCAAUAAGAAAGUCAAGGAGCUCAAAGAUAUAUUCAGGAGCUUUGUUCAGGCAUGCAGUAUGGCUUUAGAUAUUAAUGAGCGGCUCAUUAAAGAGGACCAGUACGAAUAUCACGAGGGACUGAAGGGCAACUUUAAAAGCAUGGUCAAGGAGCUGUCUGAUAUUAUUCAUGAACAGAUCUUUGAGGAGGAUGAGAUGCGUUCCCUCUUGCAGAACUCACUCCAUGUUUUCCGUGCCAUCAGUGGAACGUCCACUGGCUUCAGCUAGAAUCUGAUGAAGAUCCCUUAAAUUUAAGACUAAUCAAAUCUCUGCACACCUAAACUUUCAGCGUCCUGCUCCACGCUCUUCUGGAUUAAAACAUUGCUUAAAUGUCAGCCUCUAAGAAAGUGCCAUGUUAGUACAAGUGCUUAAAGCUCUUUCAUUUUGCACCAGCUGUCCAUCAUGUUUUCCCCAAAAUAAAUAGAUAUUCAGCAACAUCACAUGUAGCAGCAGCCAAAAUCUGACAGUCCCAGUGUAUUUCAUAUUUCAUAUAUAACUACUGAAAAUGGUCAGUAGUUUUUUUUUUUUUUUUUUGUGAGCUAUAGUAUUAUUAUUAUUACUAUUAUUAUUAUUUUUAUUAAACACAGUGGAUAGAUGAAUUUAGACAGGCGAAGGGGAAGAAAUUUUAAACUAUAUUGAAGAACGUAAUAAAACACCUUCAUUUUAAUAAGCUACAUUUGUGGCCUUGAUGUUCCUUUUAACGCAUCACUCCUUUUAAAAAUAUGUAUUAUUAUUAUUAUGAUGCAUUAAUAAGUCAAUAAUGCCUGGUGCCUGUUAGCUCAGAAUCUCUACCAUCUUGACAAUCCUUACUGAGGUUUUGAGAUUUAACACCUUCAAGUCCUCACUAUCUUUCUGAUAUUUUCCUCUUUGCAUUGAAGUCUUAAUUAUUAGAGCACCACUGUCGCUGUGUUUACUGACAGUGGUGACAAACAACACAGUAAAUGUACUAUGAACACCUGCUUUAUUCAGAGUGUGUUAUUCCAAAGCUUGUGUUGGAGCAAUGAACAGUUUCUAAUUUUCUGAGUUUUAAAUAUAAGUGCUUACAUGUGAGCAAAUGGACCUGCACGGAUGAUUACAUGCUAAUAAUUUGACUACUGUGUCUGAAUUCUCAAACUCACAGCCAGGAGAAGCAUUAAUAUGGAUAGUUUCAAGAUAUUCAAUUCGACUCAAUUUUAUUUGUAUAACACGUUUAACAAUGGACAUUGUCACAAAGCAGCUUUACAGAAAUCAGGAUUUUAAUUUAAAUUUAAAUUAAGAUUUCUUUUUCAUGUUUAACAAAAUGUAUGGUCCAAGAAAAAAAUCUUGGAUGCAUUGCCUGUUGGUAAUCAGUACAAGUCAUGUUAAAUUGGCAAUCAAAUAGGCUGAUUGUUUCCACUGAUUUUAUCAUUGUGGGAAAUAAUUCUUGAGAUGAGUCCACAGCAGCGUGACGCCUUUGCCAGUGCUACACUGUGUAGCAGUUUGCAUUGAGCAGGAUUUACUAGUCUAUUCAGGAACAACAUCCUCUCAUAGACUGGAUUAUUUAUCUAAGUGCUGCUGUUAUAUAACUCAUGGGACUGUAUCUGAACGUGACUCCUGUUCAAUGAGAACAAAAUAACAGCUGCAAACAGUUGUUUUGUUUUGUUUUGUUUUUUUUACUCAAUUUUGUUGUGGUUUUUGGUAUUUGCAGAAGAAUAAAAAAAGUACUUUAAAUGAAUAAUUAUUGUCUAUGUGUUAUUUGCUAUCAAAAGAAUAAAAUGUGUUUUAAGAAACAAUGGGAAA